AAACAUUCCACCAUGCCUCUACCCUCACUACAUAUUGCCUUUCUUUUUCCCUUUUUUUCUUCUCACCAAACUAAAGCUUGGCUAAGAAAAUGAAGAUCUUCAACUGGGUGCAAAAGAGGUUCCAUCAUAACGUCCUCAAAGAUGGACUUGCUCGUAAUGUUAAGAAGACUGAUUCCAUUGCAAUCGAUUCCAACACCAAAGCUUUACUCCAACAGGUUGCACUUUCCGACUUGCUGGAUGGUUGGCGAGAAGGCAUUUUAGCAAUCGGCACUUUCGGUUUCGAUCCCUUGAAACAAAAUGACUACGAUAACGACGGUGGCGAAGAGGAAGCAGAGGAAGAAGAACGAUACACCGAAAACGUCAACAACGAAGAUGAAGACGAAUAUGUUGAGAAUGAUAGUGAUGAAGAAGUGAACCCAUUGAUGUUGAGCACUUUGAAGCACAGUUUUGAGGACGUUGAUCACGCCAUGUAUGGAGAAACUAAAGUUAUGAGGAUGGUUGAUGUGGUCGGUGGGUGUACUGAUCACGAAAUUGAGUUGGAGGCGACAGAGGGCCAUUCCGGAAAGCUGGGGAGAACUACACUGGCCGACCUCUUCUCCGAGGACUCUGACAUAAAAAAGAAGCACUGUCUUCUGCAACUGAACUCAGCUUCAUGCAAAAAGCCAUCUCUUCGUACCAAAAAUGGACUUUCUUUUGCCAAGAAACUCAUUCCUCAAGUUGCAGAGGAUUCACAUCCCAUCAAAAUGCUACGCCAAAUAAUGAGGAGGAUGUGGAAAAGGAAGAUCCAUCCAGAGCUUGAAGGCAAGGGUAAUAAAUUGGUGGGUCAAGGCAAGGCCACUCCACUUGAUGCUCUUGCUGAAAAGACGCGUCCAGCCACUCAAUCUGUCCCAGGUCAAGAAGAGAGAAGCCGAAUCUGUCCUCACUGUCAUUUUCCAAUGGAUAAGGAUGGUAAACAACGCCCUUUCUCAAAAGUAACACUACAAAUGUAUAAAACCAACAAGGAAACUGUCCAAUUAAUCCCAACACUGUUGUCCUCCCGAAUCCGAUGCAGUCUAUUUUCUGGCCCCGUGACAACAUCCUCACCGGGCUGUUUUGUCUGGCAAUAAAAGUGAUGCUGCUGCUAUAGCUUGAGCUUUGAGUGAUGAUGGAUGGCCUAAUCUGAUAAAUAUUAAUGUGUUACCGCGUGUUCUUAAAUAUGUUUGAUCUUUGGACAAUGUUGAUUCAUCAGUGUAUGUGAAAUAUGGAACCAUUGUGAUUUUCUUUUGUAAUCUUUGUAUUGCUGGUUGUUUUGAU